AUGGAUAAUGAUGCUGUGAGGCCGGGUUUGUUGAGUAGUGUCUUAUAUGCAUCUAGUGCUCAUAAAGUGUGGGAAGAUUUAAAGGAGAGAUUUGACAAAGUUAAUGGCUCCAGAAUUCUGUACCUACAUAGAGAAGUUCACACCUUAACUCAGGGAAUUAUGACUGUGACUGAUUACUUUUCAAAACUAAGAGAACUUUGGGAUGAAUUUGAUGCUCUUAUGCCAUGUCCUGGAUGUCCUUGUCCUGAGUCAAAGAUGUAUGCACAACAUUUUGAGUAUCAAAGACUACUUCAGUUCCUUACUGGACUAAAUGAGUCCUACUCUCACUCAAGGAGCCAAAUUAUGAUGAUGUCUCCUCUACCUAGCAUAAACAGAGCAUACUCUGUGUUGGUUGAUCAGGAAAGUGAGAGAAAUCUUGUUAAUAUGCCACAAGUAGCCCAAGUGUCUGACGCUUUGGAGAAUUUAGCCAUGUACAGUAACAAAGGCACAAAUAACACUGGAAGCUACAAACAGAAAAGGAAUCAAGUUCAAUGUGAAUAUUGCCAUUACAAGGGACAUAGCAAGGAAAACUGCUAUAAGUUCAUUGGAUACCCUCCUGACUUCAAUUCCAAGAAGAAAGGUGUCAAUAGUGGACAGUAUGCAAAUCAGGGGUACAGUCCAGAACUGAACUAUGCAGACAGAUAUGGUAUGGGAAAUAAUGUAGCUUCUAAUGUGGUUCAACAAGGCAGAGUUGGUAAUCAGUCUAAUGCAGGUGCCUUACAACCACAGCCAGCUAAUCAGCCUGCAUUCUUUCAGCAAAUGCCACUCUCUACUCCUGUUUUUACUCCUGAACAGUAUCAGCAAAUAGUUCACUUGUUAUCCAAAGGAAGCAUAGAAGGAUCAGAAGCAUUAAGCAAGUCAACUGCUGCAGGUAUUCUAAACAAAGUGAAUGCAUUUAUGUCUCACUGUGUUAAUGACAGGUGGAUUGUUGACACUAGGGCAUCAAACCAUAUGACUUCCAGCCUUGAAAUACUACAUGACUAUAAAGCACUCCCAAACACAGAAGAAAACAAAGUACAAUUACCUACUGGUAGUGUGGCAUCAGUAUCACACAUAGGAAAUGCUUCUGUAUUGAGCAAUCAUGAAAUCUCUAAUGUCCUGUAUAUUCCUGACUUUAAGUUCAACCUACUUUCAGUUUCAAAGCUUACUAAGGAACUAAAAUAUAUGGUUGGCUUCUUUCCUGACUUCUGUAUCUUUCAGGACCUCUUCAGUGGUCAGGUGAAGGGGAUUGGUAGAGAAGAACAUGGUUUAUACAUACUGCGUGGGAGUACCUCUAUAGCAAACUCAUCUCAGCCAACAAAUAAAUGUGCCAACACAACAAAUGAAGUUCUUGCUGCUUCAGCAAGUGAUGCAUCUAUGUUUCCACCUGCUUCCAGUACUUCCUCUAGAACACAUGUAUCUAGUAUUUGCAGUUUAUGGCAUAAGAGAUUGGGACAUGCUCCUAUUGAUGUAAUAAAGAAGAUAGAAGCAUUGAAUGAGCUGGCAACAGGAGUUCUUAGUCAGCCAUGUACUGUAUGUCCUGUUGCUAAGCAAACUAAGAUGCCCUUCCAGCUAAGUAAUACUACUUCUAAGUCUAUUUUUGAGCUAGUUCACUGUGAUAUUUGGGGACCAUAUAGAGUACCUACCCAUGAUGGUAAAAGGUACUUUGUCACCAUAGUUGAUGAUUAUAGCAGGUUUACUUGGAUUUUUCUUUUGAACUGCAAAUCAGAAGCAAUUGUAGUUCUAAGAGAUUUUCUCACUCAAGUAAGCAAUGUGUUCUCUACUACUGUCAAAAUUCUAAGAACAGAUAAUGGAAGUGAAUUCUUUAGCACUGCAUUCAAGCAUUUGUUGUCUGAUCUUGGUAUUGUACAUCAGAGUACUUGUGUUUACACACCCCAACAAAAUGGGGGAGAAUGUGUUGCUACAGCAGUGUAUCUACUGAACAGGCUACCUUCUAAGGGAUUCAGGAACUAUGGUAUUCCCUGUUCUGGAUCUAUUAUUCCUGAGUUGAAUGCUUCCCCUAUCUCUUAUUCAAUACCUAUAGUAGAAAGGUCAACUGAACCUGCUGCAGAUCCAGUGCCAUCUGAUUUCCCUGCAGAAAUUCCUUCUUUUUCUCCAGACAGAAUUGCUCCUGAACCUAUUCCUUCUACUAUGCCUAGUCUUCAAGACAAUGGUUGUGCUGAAUUAUCUGCUGGUCAGUCUGAUCUUGCUGAGAAUCUUGAAGGAUGCAGGAGAUCUUCUAGACCAAGCAAACCACCUGUGUGGUUGCAAGAUUAUGUCACUCUCUCCAAAGGCUCAAAAUGCACUUAUCCUAUUUCCUCUUAUGUUGAUUAUUCACAUAUCUCUCCAACCUUUCGACAGGCUCUCAUAGCCUACUCAGCUAUUACAGAACCUACCACCUUCAGAGAGGCUGCUGCUGAUCCUAGGUGGGUGAAAGCUAUGCAGUUGGAGAUUGCUGCACUUGAGGACAAUUCUGGGGGAUUUUUUUCUAUGCGUUCGCGACCCAGGGGUCGCGUUCGCGAAGACGGGUGGACUGGAAGCAUCGCGUUCACGAUAGUGGGGCUGCGAACGCGUAGAGAAAUUUUUCUGGGGUCUGGGGAAAGACACCCAUUGGCUGUAUGUGGUGUGUAUAAUGUGAAGUACAAAGCAUCUGGGGAGGUAGAAAGAUUCAAAGCUAGGCUGGUUGCUAAGGAUACAAUGGAUGUUCAUAAUGCCUUCCUCAAUGGUGAUCUUAUUGAGAGGUUUAUAUGCAUAUUACCUGAGGGCUCCAAGACAAUGGAAUAUGAAAUUGACAGAGGCCCUAGUGUGUAUGGGGUUCAGCAAAGUCAUUAUGACUAUUCUCUGUUUACAAAGAAGGUUGGGAGUGACAUAGUGGUCAUACUGCUGGAACACCCAUUAGAACUGAACCAGAAGUUGACAACCACUGAGUUUGAUAAGUGCUUCAAUACAAAUAAUACUCACUCGGAUGAAGCUCUCAAGAAUCCUGGUGUCUAUCAAAGACUGGUAGGAAGGUUGCCUGUAUCUCACUAUGACCAGGCCAGAUAUGCCUUUGUGGUACAAGUGCUCAGUCAGUUCAUGCAUUGCCCUAAAAGUAUCUCAUAUGGAAGCAGCAUUGAGAGUAAUAAGAUUAGGGGCAUGCAUACAGACAAGGAGAUCUGUUAUAGGAGAAUUAUCGACUCCGUAUCUGGGGGCGACCCGGUAACGCUUUUCUAUAGCAAACUGGUGUCUGCAGCCAUGGCGGCGGCGCCUUCUCUUUUAGCUUUGACUAAAAUGCAGCAAAUCUGA